AUGACGGACUCUGCUGCCAACAACAACUCGCAAAAUGGUGGCGAGAAAGGCUUACCAUCAUCAUCAUCAGACCACACAAAUGCUUCGGAAGGAAAAAUUUUGACUCAAGAAGAAAAGAAAAAGUUACGAGAAGCAAAGAAAAAGGAAAAACAAGAAGCCAAACAACAAAAGCAAAAUCUUUCCCUUUCAAAAGAAGAGAGAAAGCGACUAUUUGAAGAAAAUGAAGAAAAGAAAAGACAACAAAGAAAGGAAAAAAACGAAAGUGUCCGUAGUGUUGAAUCAAGUAGUAGUGCCACCCCUGCAUCUACACCAACUGUGGGUAGUUCUACACCAACAAUUUCUUCCAAUACACCAACUGUGGCCUCCGUAGUUACCACUACUGUUGUUGAUCAAAAGACCAAGGAGGAGCUCGAAAAAUUGAGAAAGGAAUAUCAACAUUUAGAGAAGCAACAUAAUGAGUUGAAGAAGAAAUAUCAAGAAAACAGAAUUUAUUCACACUUGUCCGAAUAUCAAAUUCCAAAACAAGUUGAGGUUAAUCAUGAAAAUAUCCAUCCUGUAAUUAUUCAACUCGGGAUGCAAUAUGCUAGCGGUCAAAUCACUGGAUGUAAUGCUCGCACAAUAGGUCUGUUGACUGCUCUAAAACAAUUUGUGCUUGAUGCCGAGGUUUCGGAAGACAAACUAUUGAGCAGAGAUUAUCUUGAUCCAAAACUUGUCAAGUGUAUCGAUUACCUGAAACAAUGCAGACCAAUGAGUAUUGGAAUGAAGAAUGCUUUGAGAAAAUUUAAAUCAUCUUAUCAUCAUGUUGACAAACUGAAAGAAUUACGUACUCAACAACAACGAAAAGAGAGGUUGAUCGAAGAAAUAGACUCAUAUAUUGAAGAACGUAUUUCAUAUCCUGAAAAACAGAUCAUCAAGCAUGGUGUUGAUGGUAUUAAGGAUGGUGACACCAUCAUGACCUACGCUCUUAGUGAAGUAUUGGAGAGAAUGCUCAUUGAGGCAGCUCAAACUCGAAAGUUCAGAAUAGUUGUUGUUGAUAGCAGACCAAAGAAUGAAGGAAAAGAGCUUGUAAAGCGCUUGAACAAAGCUGGUAUUACGUGUAGUUUGAUUUUAAUCAAUGCCCUCUCUUACAUGAUGAAGGAUGUAACAAAGGUAUUCUUGGGAGCUAAUUCGAUUUUGUCAAACGGAGCAGUUUAUUCUCGUGUGGGUACCGCACUUGUCGCAAUGACAGCAAAGGCCUUCAACGUUCCUGUGAUUGUUUGUUGUGAGACUUACAAAUUCAGCGAUCAAUCUCAAUUAGACUCCAUUACUGUGAACGAGUUGGGAGAUCCAUAUGAUUUGGUAGAUUUAAGUAGCUUACCGCAGAGAAAGAGUUCUGUUAACUAUCUGUCUAGUAAUGAGGUAGGGCAUUUGGAAAUUGAGGGUCUUUCAAUUCCAAUUAAGGGCGAUCAAGGCAAACAACAAAGUAAUGUUGUGUAUAAUCUGGAGAAUUUUGAGGCAAUUCCAAACCUCCAUGUCAUUAACUUGUUAUAUGACAUUACACCCUGCCAUUAUGUUGACAUGGUUAUUACUGAGUUCGGAGCGAUUCCACCAACAUCCAUUCCAGUCAUCCUUAGAGAAUUUGGAAAGGAUUACUAG